GCCAAAAUUUUCCCUCUUGCCUGCGCUUGCACAUCUUUCCCAAGUUAAACCCUCAAAAACGAAAUCAUAUUAGGGCUGUCAAUUCGUCCCAAUUUUUUUCACAGGGAUUUCUAUAUUGUUGCUUCUUCCUUAACUGUAAUAUUGUUAAAGAAUGGAUCAACGGAUAUGUGAGGAAGACAGGCAAUUGGAUUUUAAGUGUAAAAAAAUCCUUCAUAGAGUUGAGAAAUCAACUGCCGUGUCUCCUGCCCAUGUGCAAAAACCAGGAAUUCUUGCAACGCAGAAUUUGGAACUUAAGAUUGCAUGUCAGACACCAGAGAAGACCAAUGAGCCUUUACAUACCAAAUUCAAGGAUGGAGAUGUAAAUCUUCCAGACAAAUUUAAGAUUAUAUCAGAGUUCUUUGAUGGCAUGAACUGUUCAUUUAGGUUGCUUAGCCUGUGUAAAAGGUUACCUACCUUCCAAAAUAUCUCUGCUCAGGUGGAAGUUUUGAAAAAAAGAAAAUUUAUGUACAGCCAUCUUGCUCAGAUAAAAUAUAUACUUCCUGAAGCCAUUCAGAUAGAAAAGAUUCUCGUGCAUGACAAGAAAACCUUAUGCAUGAAGCCAGACAUGAAGAUUGGUCUGCAAUUUGACGUUGUAAAAGGUCACUCUGAAUAUUCUGACUUUUUGGCUCUGCAGCAACUUUUUGCUUCUAGGCUUCUUAGUUUUUUAACCAAGCACCCUCAGAAGGCUUAUGAUGUUCCAGAGGCCAUGUUGCCAGAACCGUUUAGCCAACAAAGUCAGAUCCUUGGUCCAGAGCAAUUGACUGCAGAUUCUUUUAUAGAAUCGCAAUCAACUUCCAUUGAAUGUGAGGCCUUGUCAGAAAAAUUCCAUCUAUAUCCAUCUUUAACUAGACACUUCUCUCAGAAGGCUGUUGGUGCUGAAACAGAAAAAACCCAGCCCUUGGCAUCUCCUGUACCUCUGUUGUCCGUCAGCUCUAAUAGUUUGAUUAACCAAGAGAGUAUAAUUGGGCAGCAGAGGGGAAUGACUGGUGUAUGUUCUAAAUUCGAUGGUGUAACUAACCAAAAUAUCGAGAGUGGGCAACACAAAGAAUCUCCUGCUACAUGUUCGGUAUCCACCAUUGUUAACUCCCCUAUACAACAGAUCAAGUCUUCAAGUACUCCUAUUGGCAAGCUUGGCUCAUUUGUUGAUUGUUUAAUGCUGCAAACACCUGCACAGUUGACACCAAGGAGAUCAAUGCCUAGUUGUGAGGACAAGCUUAAGACCCCGACCAGCCAAAAGUUGACGUCAUGUGAGAAGCCUGCAAAAAGGGCUCUAGACUUUUCAGGCUUAGAACAUAACAAGAGCGAAUUGGAUUCCAUUGUGAGUGAGUCAGGGUGCAAGAAUGCUGUACAUGAUGACAUUCUUCAUACUAAAGAAGGAAUUUUCAAGGAUGGGAAUGUCGCUGGUUCUCUCCCACUACUCCAAGAGGUAAAAGAGGGACUUUGUUGUUUUGAUGAUGUUUGCCAGAAGAGUCAAACAGGUGUAACAAUGAGCCAUUCGGUGUCUUCUUGCUUGCCUGAACUAGUUGCUCUGAUCCACCAUAUAUUCAAGUCUGUCAACUGCUUGUCAAUAACAAAAGAGGAGCUUGUGCACAAGAUAAUUAUCAACAGUUUUGAUAUCGUUGAGAGGAGAGAAGUUGAAGAACAGAUUGAGCUUCUUGAAAGGCUGGUUCCAGAUUGGAUCUACAGGAAGUUAACAACUGGUGGAGAAAUUAUGUACAGCAUUAAGAAAGUGCCAGAUCUGGAUUCAGUUCGGGCAAGGCUUAGCACAUGAAGUGUGUCAAGAGAUAUCUGUUCCUUUUCAAGGGGUAACUCUUCAGGAGAUUCCUCUUCAAGAGGUUCCACUUUGGAGGAUUCCUUUCCAGGAGAGCUUUGUACAGAAAGUUUGGAUUGAUCAAUUUUCGUUGCCUAUUUUGUGGGUAAGACAUCUUCAGUAGCACCGAUUUCAUUUCCUUGUACUUUUCUCUUUCGGGGAAUCUUAUUCAUUGCACCAAUAGGUCUUCCAUCCUUCAGGCGUGCCUUAGACUCAUUUGUUGCUGUAUUAAUUGAUUGUCCUACAGAGACUUUUAUCUUUGUUAGAGUAUUAGCAGCUAGAAUAUGAGACUUAGCUAUUUUCUUGUUGUCAGUAAAUGCAUCCGGCAAUUAAUUUGCAAUAUUUUGCAAAUGAAUGAUCUUCUGAACUUCUAGUUCACAUUGAUUUGUACGAGGAUCAAAAUGAGAUAACGUCGAAUUAUUCCAAGU